AUGAAGAGAAUAAAAAAUAUGAGAUGGAAAUGUGGAGGUCAAAUACCAGAAAAAGUCAAAAACAAUAUGUCAGAACAUGAACAUAAAUGGCUUAAAAAUUAUAAUGAAAUUACUUUUGAAUUUCAAAAUGAAUUUGGAAAAGAGGAUGAAGAAAAUGAAGGAGAGGAAGUAAAUGGAGGAGAUGGUGUUAAUUUAUUUAAUUAUGUUGAUCCUCCUGAUAAAUUGAUGGUCAAAGUUAGAGCUUUAAAAGAUAGCGGCCAAUUUGAAACUAGUGAUGGAAUUACCGUUGUUUUAGCAAAAGGUGCUGUUCAUUUAUUGCCUCGACAGGAUUGUGAGAAUUUAGUGAGGAAAGGAGUACUUGAAUAUAUUAAUCAAAUAACUGAUUAA